UAGAGUACUCGCUCACCGAUCUGCCUGUCUGUCUUGCUUCGCUCAAUUUUACUGCUACAAUUCUUAUCUGAGUUUUAUGGAUUAAACAAUUUGUUUUUAUUUUUGUUUGAUACAGUGUUGUUGCUAUUUUUUCACAAGGUAGUUGUUGAAAAGACUUUAAAAAGAGCUGAACAUAUUGUUUGUGAGAAUCAGUAUUAAGUUGGCUUUCACUUGCAACAAGUGUUUGUGUUAUUAAAAAACAAUUAUUUUGUUUAAUUUUUAAAUUUUUUUGCCAAACAUUUUUAAAACAAAAAUCAAUUAAAAAUGGAUCAUGAUCACGGCGGUAUGGGAGGUGGCGACGACAUGGAUGGCUCUAAAUCUUGCCCUAUGAUUAUGACCUUUCACGCCGGUCAUUGUGAACGUAUUUUAUGGAAUGGUUGGGUUGCCAGCACUGUCACCGAAUUCGUAUUCUCCGCUUUGGCCCUGUUUUUGGUAGCAUUCCUAUACGAAGCUUUGAAAUUUGUACGCGAAUACUUUUUGCGUCAAACCGUCAAAAGGGAGUCAGAACGUGUGGCCGCCGAAUUACAAAGUAAGAAUGGUGGAGCUGCUGGUACCUCGUCGAAUGGCCAAUCUGCUUGCCACGGCAAUAUGCCCGAGAUACGUCAAAAGACUUAUAUGGAGAAGAUCUUUGCCAAACCUCAUAUUAUACAAUCACUGUUCAAUUUGGUGCAAAUCAUUAUUUCCUAUCUGCUGAUGUUGGUCUUCAUGACAUUUAACUAUUGGCUGUGUUUGGCUGUUGUUUUGGGUCUGGGCGUUGGCUACUUCUUCUUUGGCUGGAUUAAACAAGAUGUUUACGAAAGUGAAUGUUGUCACUAAUUAACCAGAACAUUCCAAAUAAACCAGAAUGUUAAAAGAUUUUAUUAAGAACAUCUUUUUUAAAUUUUCAUUAUUUUGCAAUUCAAAAGAAUAUUUUAGAAAAGUUGUUUCCCAUGAGAUAUAAGAAUGUGUGAUUCUGAAAUAAUUCUAAUUUGAUACUGUUCGGUUAGUAAUUUUAAGAUGAAUUCACUUGUGCCAUAAAUUAGUUACUUUAAGUUUGUACUGUUAUUAUUAAUAAAUAAUUUAGUUUUGUUAAAACAAAA